AUGAGUGAGAUUAUAUAUGUCUCUCCACAACUAUAUCUGAACUCUGAUACCAAAUGGAAGAGCGAUGGCGAGAAACCUGGUUACAUACCUAUCUUGAGAGCCGAUCUUUACAAGUUCCAGGAGUCGUUGAAGGGUGUUCUUUCCAGUAGAAGUGAUCAAAACCAGGGAAAAGAUGGUAACCUGAAUAGUAUAACCUAUAGCAUAGGAUCAGAUGCCAAAACGGAAUACGUCGCUAAUUCUGGUCCUGAUGGUGUUAAUCAAGGUCCAACAGGAUCCACCAAAUUCCAAACCUUACAACAUUUCCUACCAAUAAGCCUUGAACAACAGCUACACACUGUUUCCAUCAUGGGAAUACCUGUAAAGGUAGCUAAUAAAGAUGUAGAGACUUUUUUGCACCAAUGUAUUCGAUUGCUGCUCCAGCAUCUGGAUGCCGCCCAGCAACGAUAUGAGGAUUUCUGGCAAUGCUGGACUAGUGUACAAUCCUUAGAAACCCAAGAAGUAUUUGUAAGGUUCUCUGACAUUGACAGUAAGUUAUUUGCUUCAUUUGUUAAGAUUGUACAGGGUUGGUUUCAAUCUGAUAAAAGACCAGGAGCCGCUGAAAUCCAUAUGGAUGUCAACACGGAACAAUUGAUUAAGGACCAACAGGUGGAACCACGCAAGCCCAGUGAUACACUUAUCGAUUCUUUGAAUCGAUUGUGGCAAGAAUUGGAUCAAAGUCCCACUGAUAAAACUCAAAAGCAAGAAUCUAACGUUGAAUACCAAGUCGAUCUAACGACUCUUAGCGAUCUACCACAAGACUCCCUGGAUCAACUAUGUCAAGAUAUAGUCAAAUUCCGUACUCGUGUGCUAACCAUAGAACGAGAGAAACGGGUGCGUGAAUCAUACGAAGAAAGUAAGCGUCGUAGACAACAAAUGAUGAUGAUCUUUGAUCAAAUACGCAGGAGCAGACGUGAUGCUGGUGAUGAUCGAGCAGAACUAGAGGAAGAAGAAGAAGGGGAAGAAGAAGAAGACGAAGAAGAAAUUGAGGCCGGUGAUGAAGACGAUUGGACAUUAGAGCAACGCCGACAAGAUCUUCAAAGACAAGAAGCUGAUCACCGAUACAAGUCCCUACUCACACAACUACAAUCUGAAUGGGAACCCGAAUUAGCUGAUUUACAGAGAAAACUCUUCAGGGCUAAUCAUUAUGAACAAGUGAGAUUGGAGGAACAACCACUCCAUCUCAAGGAAUUGUCACAUCUCGCCGUAGAUCCACAUUAUGACCACAAUAGAUCCUACAGGCAAGAAGAAGAAACAAGAGAUGAAAUUGACAGGAAAGAACAUGUUAUUGAAUCGACCGAAACGAAUAUUCAAAACAAAGAGCAACUACUAGAGGGGAAACAAAGUGCUGCUACUAUUUACAAUAGUGCCGACCAGGACAACGGCGCAGAGAACAAUGCGGCUGAGCAACAGUUCAAGAUCAAAUUCGCAUUCAAGAGGGCUAUUGAUAACUCCACAAGAGCCCUAAGCGAUGAGGAAGACGAAGGAAGGCCGAUAGUGGCCCAGGUGUCGGAUACCCCUACUACCCCUACUUCUACCACUACAACUACCACUACAACUACCACUACAGAAGCUGCUACAAAUGCUCCUGACGUAUUGCCUGAAGACGGAUUAGAUACCAAACUGGAAGAAUUAAACCGUUCAGGACUGGUACAAGAACUUGUGAAAGAGUAUUUGGGUGUCUAUGAACAAGAAUUAGUAGACUACAUCUUCGAUACCAUCCGCAAAGAGCGUAACAAGGUCGCGCUUUUGACGGAGCUAAGGGAAACUUUUGACGAAGAUGCAGCAACCAUAGUGGAAAACAUUUGGGGUAGCGUACAUCUCACCACUUCAUGA